CGGGGCGGGGAGGAGCCGGCGCAGGAGCCCUCCGGGCGAAUCGAGCUCCGGCACCUUGGGCCUUCGGGUUGUUUGUCUGUUGCGCAGCUCAUUCCCGGAGCCCGUGAGCCUCUUGGCCAACACAAGUGACAGCGUGCUUCUGGAUUUACAGGACUUAAAGCGCCAGAAAGUCACCCAGCCUCUGGGCGCCAACCGUCAGGCUCCUUUUUCCUCCUUCUCCCAGCCUCCUGCCCUCCCAGCCUCGGCGGCCACGCUGCUGAUCCUGGUGACCUGUGACCUAGGCGUGGGAACAGGACACUGGAAAGCCCCUUACUCCUCCGCCAGGUUUGAAUUUCUCAAGGUGGAAUUCCGAAGCCCGCCUUUCCUUGAGUCUCCCUGAGCUCACUGCCUGGAACGUGUCCACCUGCCCUUGGAUUUGAAUUGUGUGCAGUUGUUUGAGCUGGGAGCCAAGCCUCUGCUGGAAGGAAGACAUCUGUGCACACAUUCCAGCCUGAGCUAACUGCCGUGGCACGAGAGAGCCCCUCGGAGCUGGGGUAGUAACCUGUUAAUGAAGCACCUUGUUUUGUGACCAGCGCUCCGUGGUCAGCGGGACGUCAAUGGCCCGACUUCCCCCCGGCAUCCGCUUCAUCAUCUCGUUCUCCAGGGAUCAGUGGUACAGAGCCUUCAUUUUUAUUCUGACGUUUUUGCUGUAUGCAAGUUUUCACUUAUCUCGAAAGCCCAUCAGCAUCGUCAAGGGUGAGCUGCACAGGUUCUGCACUGCUCCGAAUGAGGGUGAAGUCCAUUUCCACAGCCAGAGCCAGAAAGCAGGGGACACUGCCCCCCACCGGCUCCCGGGCAACGGGACUGACUGCGGCUGGGCCCCAUUUGACCAGGACAACUAUCAGCAGCUGCUCGGGGCCCUGGAUUACGCCUUCCUGUGCGCAUACGCCGUCGGCAUGUACCUGAGCGGCGUGAUAGGGGAGCGCCUCCCUAUCCGGUACUACCUCGCGGCAGGAAUGCUGGCCAGCGGGGCGCUCACCGCCCUCUUCGGGCUGGGCUACUUCUACGACAUCCACAGUUUCGGAUUCUACGUGGUGACUCAGGUCGUCAAUGGACUGGUGCAGACCACCGGCUGGCCCAGCGUCGUCACCUGCCUCGGCAACUGGUUUGGAAAAGGAAGGCGAGGUUUGAUCAUGGGGGUCUGGAAUUCCCACACGUCCGUGGGCAACAUUCUGGGGUCCCUGAUUGCUGGCUUCUGGGUGUCCACGUGCUGGGGCCUGUCCUUCAUCGUGCCCGGGGCCAUCGUGGCGGCCAUGGGGAUAGUGUGCUUUCUCUUUCUCAUCGAACAUCCGAAGGACAUCGCCUGCUCCUCCACCCUGGUGAAGGUGGGCCAUUCGGACCACCCAGCACCAGGACCGGGUUUCCCUGGUCAGUGUCAUCGCCCACUGCCCCACUUCCUAACCUCUCCGCUCACUCUGCUGCAUCCGAAAGCCUAUGAGAACGGCGCACACAGGUUUCGGCUGCAGAAGCAAGUCCUGACCGACGAGAGGAGCAAGCCCCUGGACCCAGAGAUGCAGUGCUUACUGCUGUCGGACGGAAAGCACUCCGGCCACCAGAACCACGUGGUCAUUCUCCCGGCCGAUGGCGGGGGCGGCAUGGCCGCCAUCAGCUUCACUGGGGCCUUGAAAAUCCCUGGCGUGAUAGAGUUCUCUCUGUGUUUGCUAUUUGCAAAGUUGGUCAGCUACACUUUCCUCUUCUGGCUUCCGCUGUACAUCACAAACGUGGAUCACCUUGAUGUCAGGAAGGCCGGGGAGCUCUCCACCUUGUUUGACGUGGGCGGCAUCUUCGGUGGGAUCCUGGCGGGCGUGAUCUCAGAUCGACUGGAGAAAAGGGCCUCCACCUGCGGCCUGAUGCUGCUGCUCGCAGCCCCGACGCUGUACGUAUUCUCCGCCAUCAGCAAAAUGGGUCUGGAAGCCACCGUAGCCAUGCUGCUGCUCUGCGGGGCCCUGGUCAGCGGGCCGUAUGCGCUCAUCACCACCGCCGUCUCCGCCGACCUGGGGACUCACAAAAGCCUGAAAGGAAACGCGCACGCUCUGGCCACCGUGACCGCCAUCAUCGACGGGACUGGGUCUGUAGGGGCAGCCCUGGGCCCGCUGCUGGCCGGGCUCAUCUCGCCGUCUGGAUGGAGCAACGUGUUCUACAUGCUGAUGUUCGCAGACGCCUGUGCCUUACUGUUCCUGAUCCGCCUCAUACACAAGGAGCUGAGCUGCCCAGGGCUGGCGACUGGAGACCAAGUUCCGUUUAAGGAGCACUGACCACCGAGUCCCGUGGAGGGAGGCUGGGCCCGUCCUUCACAAACUGUCUUUCAAGGAAAAGUUUUCAAAUAAAGGAUCCUCUGUUGAAAAGAA